UCCCACUCCACCAUGGACCAUGGCAGACGGCGCGGACCCCACAACUUCAACGACCAACAGUCUCAACAGAUUUCGGCCGCCUCUACCACCACCCAUCCCACACGCAACAGAGACUAAGCAGCGUACUAUCUCGUUUCGCCACCCGGGGUACCCCGACUUGAUUGGGCCGAACCUGGUCUCUCUCGACGCCGUCGACCAUGAGCUGGGAGAUGGCAUCGACUACGACACCGCCCUGGCCGCCUGUGGAAUUGUCGCUUGCAACAGAUGGUCCCAGAGCUGGUUUGGUGUGAAGGACAGUCAGGCUGCCAGUGGCUUUCGUGCCGUUCCAAGGCCUCACGAUGGCCUCCUUCGGGAGUCCAUCUACUACUUCUUCGUCAGCCAGGACAAGGACGAACAAUAUCCCGUGAUCCCCAGCUUUGACCACUGGCGCUUCCCACAUGGAGACCUACCCGACAUAUGGCAGGCCCUGGAUAUCCCCUCCCCUAGCCCUCCCGUUGCCUCGCGUCUCAGACACCUCAAGGUUGAAGGCAAGCAUGCCGCCGAGAUCCGCGACGAGUCGUGUCGCCUCACAGCCUGGACCAACGCCGCCGAGGCCUGCCACCUUAUCCCCUCCGCCAGUGCCACCUGGUUUGCCGUCAACGUCAUGUCUCGGUACUGCCGCCUCUCGGGGGGCAGGAAUCCGGUCGACGAUGACCGCAACCUCAUCCUCCUACGCCGGGACCUGCACUGGCUUUUUGACCAGCGCCAUUUCACCAUCCUGCCCAAGAGGAGCCCCGGUGAUCUCUUCGGCAGCCCUUCCCUGGUCUUUCACACCCUGCAGCCCCGUGGAGAUUGCGAGCUCCACGACCUGUUCCACAACCGGACUUUACAGCAACCCACCAGCGGCCUCUCCGUCGAGUUCCUCUUCGCCCGGUUUGCAUGGUCCAUCUUCUGCGACGAGAUAUACCCCUUCCUCACCGGCACCUUCCGAUACGCAGUCCAAUUGUUCGACCCAACCACCGGGGCGGUCAAGACGGAAACGCGUAACAGUCUCGGCCUAUCCUCGGUUUUCCAGGUCUUGCCGUCUCGCACGUCCAGCCGUAGUAUCAGUCCCCGGAAACGGAAGGCAGCCGACACGCAGGCUGACCACGGUUCGGAUAAUGGUGACGAGCUUGACAGCGACGGCGACCAAGACGAACCGCCACGUGGCCGCUCGAGGGAGCGAAAGCGGAGAUUUAUGGGGCACCCACGAGGUUUUGGCCCCUUAGCAACUGAGCCCAGCCUCGCUGGCGUUUCUGUUUCUACCUUGUCUACCGACGUAGAAUCGUGCGGCUCGGCAGAGGACGGAGCUGAGGAUGGAGGGGUAACAGAAGGAAUACAAGCGAAAGGUUCAGACUAGCUUCAUGAUAACCAUCAGAUGAAUUAUUACCAGUCGGCCGCUCGCGACUUGCCUCGGUUUGAAAUCCAAGGAGCCCGAGUGUCGGCCGGCCGGCGUUAUUGAUAUCCAUUGCAUCUCCGCCGCCCUC